CGGUGACUGGGAAGCAGGCAGCAUUGCGGCUGAACUUUACUGGGAUAUUGCGAUAAAAUUUAAUAGACCCUCCUAUAACCUACUGAAGAGAUGGCAUUGAUUUUACGAAAUUCCCUACAAACAAUUCGUCAAAUAUCUUGUAAUCACGCUAUCCGGUUCUUUCACGACGGAUUCAGUUCUCCGGAACCAUCAAAAGAACAACAUAAACGUGGCUCAAAUGAUACGCCGAAACUUUCUACGGCUGGUGCGAUUGCAAACAAGUAUCAAGUAUUUCGCGAUGUUGACGCUACCGUUAUUUUGGAUGUUGAAGAGGAGCGACAACGAGAUCAACAAACUUCUCUCAAUUUCGAUACUGAAGAUUUUGGAAAGGGCGCGGAACCGUCGAGUUUGUUUAGUGAAAUAAAUUUGGAACGUGGAAAAACUGGCGUUUACGACAUAGACGAUCUGGUAACAGUUCUUCGCAUGAAUAAUGCUGAAAAUCUUUUUGUUUGCAUUGUUCCUAGUGAAAUUAAAUAUGUUGAUUACAUCUGUGUGGUGACGGGCAUGAGCUUCCGCCAUAUGCGAGGUAUUGCAGAAUUCGUUCGUAAAAUAUUUAAAAUGAAACGAACGCAACGCGACGUUAUUCCAAAGAUUGAGGGGGAAAAUAGUCGAGAAUGGAUGGCACUAGAUUUAGGAAAUAUUGCCUUACAUAUCUUCUCUGAAACCGCCAGGGAGCAAUACGAUCUGGAAUCGCUUUGGGCUGUUGGUGCAAAAUAUGAUCGCGAAUGCAACAAACCACAAGAACCGCUGGUGGAAUUGUUUGAGAGGCAUUCCGUAUAUUUAAACGAUUUGAAACCACUGAAAAACAAACCAAUCGUAUCGGAAAAUACAAUGGAUUAAUAACGGCUAAUGUUUGGUUGUCAAUCAUGAUACUGAACAAACACAAAAAUUAAAUUAUGUAAUUUUUGACAAAUAUUUAUAUUGAGCAAUAAAAAAGAAAUCUUAUUAC